AAAUUACAAUCAGAACGAUUAACCGUGUUUACAAAUUUUCAGUAACUCUGCAACGAAAAAAAUAUGACUAGUUUGGCUAGAAUUUCCCCAGUGCAGCUUAUUUCUAUAUCCAUUUUGGUCGUAGUUCUUUUUUCAUGUCAUUGCCGUGCUUUAGAUUCUAACAAUUAUGCUGAGGCACUCGAGAAAUCCAUUAUGUUCUUCGAAGGGCAACGAUCAGGAAAACUACCACCUAAUCAACGAGUUACAUGGCGAGGCGACUCUGGAUUGAAAGACGGGUCUACUGAAAAUGUGGAUCUCUCUGGAGGAUAUUAUGAUGCAGGAGACAAUGUGAAAUUUGGUCUUCCUUUGGCGUUUACAACGACAAUGUUGGCUUGGAGUGUUGUUGAAUUUGGUCGAAAUAUGAAACACCAAGCUGCGCAUGCCAGAGACGCUAUCCGUUGGAGCACUGAUUAUUUAUUAAAGGCAGCAACAGCUAAACCUGAUACAUUAUACGUCCAAGUGGGAGAUCCUAACGCAGAUCACGAAUGCUGGCAAAGGCCUGAAGAUUUGGAUUCCUCCCGGAAUGUGUACAAGGUGUCUACAAAAAAUCCAGGUUCUGAUAUCGCGGGAGAGACUGCUGCCGCAUUGGCUGCUGCUUCAGUUGUGUUUAAAAGAUCUGAUCGUCCAUACUCCACCAAGUUACUUCAAACAGCCAUUAAAGUAUUUGAUUUCGCGGACCAGCAUAGAGGCUCUUAUAGUGAUUCUCUCAGUUCGGUUGUUUGCCCAUUUUACUGUUCUUAUUCUGGAUACAAUGAUGAACUUCUAUGGGCAGCAGCAUGGCUAUAUAGAGCGACCAAAGACGAUAAGUACCUGAACUACAUUAAAACCAACGGCCAUACUGAUGGUGGAGACGAUGAUGACUUCUCUUUCAGUUGGGAUGAUAAACGAGUUGGCACAAAAGUUCUUCUGUCCAAGUUCUACUUACAAAAGAAAGUUCAAGACUUGCAGUCCUAUAAAAACCAUGCUGACAACUACUUCUGCUCUCUCCUCCCUGGAUCACCUACAUUUAGUACCAAAUAUACGCCAGGAGGACUUCUCUUCAAACAAGGUGAAUGUAAUAUGCAGUACGUGACUAGCACAGCUUUCCUCCUCGUGACAUACGCAAAGUACUUACAGUCAUCAGGAGAAUCGGUGUCGUGUGGAUCAAAGGGUUUCGCAGCAAAAGACCUAAUUGCAUUAGCAAAGAAACAAGUAGAUUAUAUUUUAGGUGAUAAUCCUUCGAAAAUGUCAUACAUGGUGGGAUUCGGAGAGAAAUAUCCACAAAAAGUUCAUCAUAGAGGUUCUUCUAUACCAUCUAUACGCCAACAACCUAGUCAGAUAGCUUGUAAAGAUGGAUUUCAACAUCUUAAUUCAGGAUCUCCGAACCCGAACAUACUUGUUGGAGCCAUUAUGGGUGGUCCUGAUCAAGGCGACAGCUUCAAUGAUGAUCGAAAUAACCACGAGCAAUCUGAACCAGCUACUUACUUUAAUGCACCAUUUGUUGGUGCUGUUGCAUACUUCGCAGGAUCACCACCAACAUCAACCAGCUGAUAAUAUAAAAUUCAAGUGCGGAUAUAUAAUUUAGCUAGUUCUUUUAUCUUUGAGAGAUUUUUAAUUCAAUGAUUUACCACUACAUUGUAAUCGAAUGAGUGGAAUUUUCAUUACCUCGGUAAAUUAAAGUUCACAAUUUAAAUCCCAUGCACUCAACCCAUCUGCUGAGCCACACUUUAUUUUGAAGUGCUAGUAGCGACUAAUGUUGCCUUCCGCUGGCCAUCAAGGCUAGGAAAGUAAGUAGAGAAACGCUCUAUGCUUAGCUUUCACUGUGUACCAUAAAUACCCAUUUGUUCCCAUGCAAUUUUGUGAGGAAUUUAUGCAGUUUCGGUUUCAUCAUGCAAGCCAUAAAUACCAUUUCUUUCCAUGUAUAUAUUGUAAUGAAGCUCACCCAUGAAUUUCUCCCUCUCUUUAAAACUUCUUUUUCAAAACGUUUCAUUAGUGCUAAAUUAAUGGAGUCUAUUAAAUCAGUUUUAAUGCUAAUUAAACCACA